GUGUGUAUGUGUGUGUGUGAGCUGAAGAAAGGGAAUAUCCUCCGAGGCGUCAUGACGGGAAAGGAAGGGGCCGUGUUGACGGAAAGUUUAAACAAAUCGAAAACAGCUUGCCCCGCAGAGAUCGGAGGAAAUAACGGCCUACAACAGUCCAAAAUAAUCGCAACACAGCCGCCCAGAUGCACGGGAUUCGGUAUCCAGGAGAUUCUUGGGCUAAAUAAAGAGCCGUCGUCUAACCCGCGGAGCGCGCUGGAAUCUCUGCCCACGGGGGCGCACCUGCUGGCCGCCAGGUCUAUGCUGGGGCAUGGGGUCGGGGUUGGGAUGGGAUUAAUUGGCCCAGGAGGCAUCCCCUCGUUUUACAGCCAACCGGCGUUUUUGGAGGUCCUGUCAGACGCACAGAACGUCCACCUGCAGCCUCUGAACCGGACUGUAGGGCAGCUGGACUGCAGCCAGUCCGCCAGCUCAGAUUCGGAGGAUGUCUCCUCCAGUGAAAAGAAGCUAUCCAAGUCUUCCAUGAGCCAGAGUAAGAAAAGGAAGAAGCGGCGACACCGAACGAUCUUUACAUCUUACCAGCUGGAAGAGUUGGAGAAAGCCUUUAAUGAAGCGCACUACCCAGACGUCUAUGCGCGUGAGAUGCUCGCCAUGAAGACGGAGCUUCCAGAGGACAGAAUCCAGGUUUGGUUCCAAAACCGACGAGCCAAGUGGAGGAAGCGGGAGAAAUGCUGGGGUCGCAGCAGCGUCAUGGCGGAGUACGGUCUCUACGGUGCCAUGGUGCGCCACUCCAUCCCCCUGCCCGAGUCCAUCCUCAAGUCGGCCAAGGACGGCAUCAUGGACUCCUGUGCCCCCUGGCUGCUGGUUCAAGAGGGCUUGCCAAUCAACAGCCGCUUUUCUAAAUCCGCCUACCCACAAUUCUUUGCAGGGAUGCACAAGAAGUCGAUCGAGUCACAGACGGGGGGGAAGCCGGACGCGGUGGCGCAGCCGCCCUCAGCCAAUCAGAAGCUGGGGGUGGAGUCGGAGGCGGGCGACGUGGCGGACGAGCGGACGGGGAGGAGCGCGUCUCCCAUCUCCAAGGAGGAGCUGAGGGAGAACAGCAUCGCCGCGCUCAGGGCCAAAGCACAGGAGCACAGCGCCAAGGUGUUGGGGACCGUCCCCUGCGGCGACAGACUCGAACGCAAACAGGAGCCCAAGGCCGCGAGCGCCGCCUCGGAGGAGAAGGACGGCGAGCGGAUAGACCCCCGUGCAGACCCCAAGAGCCCGUAGACACGCCGACACACUCGCCCUGAGCCGUUGCCUCUCCGGGACUCUGUUCUCUGUUGCACCCUGACACACCAGUGCUGCCAUCUGAUCUAAACUCGACUCUAUUCACAGAGCUCAUCCAGGUCUCUGUCUCUGUCCCUGUCAGUUCUCUCCUGUUGACCAGUGUCUGUGAAGAGCAGGUUUAUCCUGUCCAUUCUCUGUCCAUUCAUUCAUACUUGUCAGGACUGGGCGUUUCUAAAUUAUAUCACAUUACAGCAACAGAAUAGCCAUGAUCACACACUCACACAUUGAUACAUAACAAUGGAAGAUAGCAAUGAUAAUGCACACAACAGAUGAUGGGAAAUCAUAAGCUACUUCAUAAGUAUACAUGCUGUUGUGGAUUUAGGCUAAUCUCUGCAUAAUGUUGGUGGCAUAUUGGUAAUCAUUGGCUCAAAUUCUACAUUAUAUUCUCUAGAAUUACAUGUCAUAUGGGCGUAUAUUUGAUGCUCCUUAAUCUUAUGUGGUCCCUAUAGGAGGACCAAUUUGUCUCACAAAUAUGUCUCGUUUUAAAAGGGCAGUCUCCGAUUCUACUGCAAGACUUUUUUCAUUUUUGUUUCUUUAAUCAAAUUCAGAUUGGUCUUCACAGCCUUAGCUCCCCGCUAAGUGUAUAUGCUAGAAACAAUCUGAUUGUCACGCACAGUGAUGACAGAGUCAAUGGGAAACAAACAAACAAACAUAGAGGUUUGGACUGAGCCAUGAACAAUUUCAGCCAAUCAGCACCUUGCUUCAGGAGCAUGGAUGGGAGGGGCUAUUGAUUGGAUUGGCCGUUGAACUCAAAUAUCAACAAAGAGAGCAGAAGGUGUUCUGUAUUUUUUGUGAAGUAUCUGUCACUUUCAAAGGCCCAGAAUUGCUUUCACGCAUUGUUUUUGGGGUGCAACAGUAGUGUACAUUUUGUAAAUAAUAAUAGUCAGCUACAGUAAUG